CAACGAAUCGAUAAAUUGAUUAACGCGGGCUAACCGCAGCAUUAGUUUCGUGGAGAGUGCGUGCGACUGGCAUACGACUGCUGGAUUCCUUAAACAAUUGUACAAAAUGAAGAGCUUGUUCGUUUGUUUGCUGCUGGCCCUGGCCGGACAGUCUCUUGCUCAAAGCGAAAACGACUUUUUGGAGUACCUGAUGGACAUACAGAGCCGUGCGGAGGAAGUGCAUCAGAUGAUGGAAAAUACGUUUGAUGAUAUUCGCUCCCAAAUGAGCGACCAGCUGGUCGAGCUGAACCGUCAGUUGAUUGCCCGCAUGAACGAAGCUCUCGAAGAGAUUGAAGAUGUCCGUGAGGAUACGGAAGCAUUCGUUGGCGACUCGUCAGCACCCGGUACCUGCGUUGAUGUGGUCGUCGCCAACUGGGGCAAUGAGAUCGAGUGGGUCGGACAGGCGCUGUCGAACUGUGCCAGUCGUGCCAACCUUGAGAUCACCGCGCGUACUGCCGACGUUCAUGCUGCCCUGGAAGCUGCUCAAGUUGCUUCGACGGAGCUGCAGAACAUUGUUGUCCGUGGGUUCAUCGACUGGAACGCGAUUGACUACACCGAAGAGCUGUCGGACAUUGUCGGAGCUCAGAUUGAGGACAGGGAAGACUAUUUCCACCGAAUCACCCACCCUAACCUGAACCGCGUUCUGCAAACGAUUGCUGAUUUGGAUGACAAUCUGUUGCCCGAGAUUGUGACCUGCGUUCAGCGCGGUGUUGAGCGUUUCAGCAACUACGGACAAGUUAUCCGCGAUACGCUGUCCUUCUGCUCGCAAUAAGUAGCAUUUCAUUCUUCACUGGUGCAUGUUUUUGUGUAAUAUAAACCCGCAAAAACAAAGGCUUAAUGAUAAUAAUUA